CACAUUUUAAGCGUUUGGGUCUAUUCAUUCUCGUUUGUUAUUCACCGAGGUCGACCUAUGAUGUAUCUGAGUUCGACUUAUGACGGCAAAAUACGAGUUUUGGCCUUCUUCUUCGACUCAUUUGUGCGAAACUAACUGCGGUCGACCUAUGGUGAUUUUGAGGUCGACCGAAUCUGUUUCGCACUCCACAUUGUAAGCGUUUGGGUCUAUUCAUUCUCAUUUUUUAUUCACCGUGGUCGACCUAUGAUGUUUCUGAGGUCGACCUAUGACGGCAAAAAUACGAGUUUUGCCCUUCUUCUUCGACUCAUUUGUGUGAAACUAAUUAAUGUCGACCUAUGGUGAUUUUAAGGUCGACCGAAUCUGUUUCGCACUCCACAUUUUAAGCGUUUGGACCUAUUCAUUCUCGUUUUUUAUUCACCGAGGUCGACAUAUGAUGUUUCUGAGGUCAACCUAUGACGGAAAAAAUACGAGUUUUGGCUUUCUUCUUCGACUCAUUUGUGAGAAACUAACUGAGGUCGACCUAUGGUGAUUUUUAGGUCGACCUAUGACGUUUUGCACUACACAUUUUAAGAGUUUGGGUCUAUUCAUUCUCGGUUUUUAUUCACCGAGAUCGACCUUUGAUGUUUCUGAGGUCGACCUAUGAUGACAAAAAUACGAGUUUUGGCCUUCUUCUUCGACUCAUUUGUGCGAAACUAACAAAGGUCGACCUAUGGUGAUUUUGAGAUCGACCUAAUCUAUUUCGCAGUCCACAUUUUAAGCAUUUGGGCCUAUUCAUUCUCGUUUUCUAUUCACCGAGGUCGACCUAUGAUAUUUCUAAGGCCGACUUAUGACGGCAAACAUACGAGUUUUGGCUUUCUUCUUCGACACAUUUGUGCGAAACUAACUGCGGUCGACCUAUGGUGAUUUUGAGGUCGACCUAUGACGUUUUGCACUCCACAUUUUAAGCAUUUAGGCCUAUUCAUUCUCAUUUUUUAUUCACCGAGGUUGACCUAUGAUGUUUCUGAGUUCGGCCUAUGACUAUUUUGACGAGUUUUGGCCUUCUUCUUCGACUCAUUUGUGCGAAACUAUCGGAGGUUGACCUAUGAUUCUUUUGAGGUCGACCUAUGAUGUUGUUUAAUCCAAUUGUUACGGGUCGGCCGUUUCUGAUUAUGAGGUCGACCUAUGAUGUUUGCACUCCAAUUUUGGCGUUCUUCGACCCAUAUUUGUGCUUGAUUUUCUGAGUUCGACAUAUGGUGUGUAUUAGGUCGACCUAUGAUGUUUAAGAGGUCGACCUAACGUUGUUUUGUUUUAUCUAUACGUGCAGAGUUUAGGUUGACCUGUUUAUGGAGAGAACAACCUAGUUUUGUUCUUUUCAAAAAUGUAACUAACUGUUAUUCUCGCUUGUUGUAUCUCAUGAUGUUUGGCAGCAAAAAGAAAAGAAAGGCAAACAAAGCCGCUGCCUCAAGUUCGGAAUGGGAAGAGUUCUGGCCCUCUUUGUUCCAGACCAAAGAGCAAAGUGACAAAUUUGAAGAGAGGAGAAUGCACAACCGCAAGGUGGCUCCUGGAAGGCCAUUGACGACGGAUGCGUAUUCUCAUUUUGAGAAUUACGGGUUUCUAGCACCCUUUGUCGAGCAAGAGUGGCUGAAGGUGAUAUCUCUAAAUGCACCAUACUACCCAAAAAUGGUACAGUACUUAUACAACAACAUCACCUAUCAGCAUAAUACAAUUGGAUCCAUUCAUGCAUUUAAAAGCUAUGUGAAUGGGGUGGAGAUGCGCAUCAGCAACAAUGUGUUGGCGCAAGUACUAGAGGCUCCAAACGAGGGGAAGAGAAUCAAUUCUUACACUGCUUGGAAUGAAACUCAUAUCUCGAGAGCCAAGCAAAUCCAGACGGUAUGUGUUCUUGAUGAAGAGGAAGAUGGUCGCAGUAGGCCAACGAGUAACCACCUGAUAGUUCAAGCAAGAGUUCUUCACCACAUGUUUUCCUACAACAUUCUGCCAAAGGGUGGACAUCGGGAGACAGUCACCUACUUCGACAUGGAGCUCCUCACCAACCUACUGUCAGACGUGAAGGUGAACUUGCCAUUCUUGAUCUUUAACCACAUGCUUACUGCUGCAGAGAGUUCAAACAUGAAUCUUCCCCAUGGGAUGAUCCUGACUUUGCUAUUUGAGCAUUUUAAUGUGGAUUUAAGUGGUGAGGUUGGCUUAAGAAUCUCAAGGCUAGAGUUCUAAUCAGUUUCAUCUCUCAAAAAGAUGGGCUUUGAGCUGCGUAAUGGUGAGUAUGUCUGAAUAAACAAUGCUCAUGGUGUCCAUGGUGUUGAUGAUGAGGAGGAUGAUGAUGGUGAUUCUAAUGAAGGAGCUGGAGACGAGCCAAUGCCACAGACACAGAGUUCAUCUCCACCAGUCACCUUAGAGCGUGUGUGGGAGCGCAUGGAUGACAUGCAUGUACGACUACAUGGGGCAAAUGACCACCCAGAUGAGCACACUGCAAGUGACCGUGAAUGAGAUGCGAGAUGAGUUUCGAUCUUUCAGUGGAAGAUACAUGCAUCCCACCACAUCCGAUUACCAUCAUGCUAGCAACAAAAAUGAAGAAAAUGUGGAUGAGGGAGAGAGGGGACAGGAGUAGGAACUCGAUGAUUUUAGAUUAUGUGUUUUUAUUGUUAAGUGUUAAAAAACGAUUGUUGAUUGUUAUUCUGUUGUUUUAGUUUUUUUUAUGUGUGAACAAUUAUGAUUUGUGUUUUAUUGUAUUUCUUGUUAGUUUGUUUAGUUGUUAUGUUAUGAAGUGAUGAGUCAUUGUUAUCAUUAUUUAUGACUAGUUAUGAUGGUUUGGAACAUAAUUUGUACGAGCAAAAGAACCACACAAAUCGACAUACAUAAGCAAAAAAGACACGAAGCAUGGGUUGACUUUCUUGUAUUCGGUCGACAUCGUACCGAACUAGGUCGACCUCGAAACCAACACUUUAUCUUCAUUUUACGUCAAAUGAUGAUUGGACAAAUGGAUAGAACACUUCUCUUCUAUCUGGUCGGCCUCUUUCUGUAUCUGGUCGACCAUGUUGUUAAUGACCGCCAUCAAGUGGUCGACCUAUAUACCUUUACGGUCGACCAUGUUGUUUCUAACGCCAACGAAAUGGCCGACCGAGGUUUUAUUGUGGUCGACCAAAAAUAACAACUUAAACUACGUAUGGGCGACCAAAUGAUCUUUGAGGUCGACCGCGAUGCUUUCUCGUGGUGCCCAAAUUAGUCAAUUCGGUCGACCUCCUUCAGGAUUAGGUCGACCGAAAAAUCCAUGUUACGGUGACAUGCAUGUCAGUUGUCACCGUAGGCAUAUCCUUUUUAUUUUUUACUAUGCAUUUUUAUCAAACAUAUCUAUUUAGCUAUUUUUGUAUUUGAUAUAUCUCUAUAUUUUGGAAAAAUUAUCAAAUGUGUUAUUCUGUUAAAAUUUUCUUCUAAAAAUCAUGAACCACGAUCGAAUCUUGGUUUUGGCGACACAAUUCUAAAAUAGCCCUAUUAAAUUUUCUUUUAUAUAACUCAACACCCCUAAUAGUUUCACUUUAACAAAGCUUGGAGAAAUAAAUGAAGGAGCAAAAAUGACAUUUUCUCUACCAUUUUGUUGAGGUUGAAAGUUUUUUAUGAAAAUAUUAACAGAAGAACAUGUUUAGUAAUUUUUCGGAAGUACAAGGACAUGAUUGAUGUAAAAAUAAUAGAGAGACAUAUUUGAUAACAACGCAUAGUGGAAUGACACAUUAUACCUAUAACCCUUCAUAAUUUUUUCAAAAUACAAACACAUUUAAUGUUAAAAAUAAUAAAUGAACAUAUUAGUAAAGG